AUGUCACUCAGCGUAACAACCGUACCCGACGAAGUCACCAGCAUCUCUCCCAUCUCUCACCUCAACAACAAGGCCCCAGGUAUUACCCAGAAAGCCAUCCAAGAAAUAUCUACCUCCAACGAUGGGUACUUCCGCUUCAACCCAGUCAUCGUCAUGCUCGUCGGCUACCUCGAACAAGUCAGCCCAGGAGGCCUAGACUCCGCAGUUCGCUCCGCCCGCGACAAGAACCCAGACUUCAUGCCCAAACUAGCCAUCAAAGACGCACACUCGUUCCUGACCUUCGCAAACGACCUCCUGAAAUGGGUGCCCCGCGAGAGCUUCGAAGGCAAAGACGUCUACGACAUCCUCUGCACGUUCUACUUCGUCCUAGACCAACCCCCUCUCCGCAAAUUCCAAACUCCAAUCCGCCCAGACUCGCAAGGCCUUACCUGGCUAUCCUCCUGGAUCGUAGUCUACGCGCAACUCGUCGGCCAAUUCCUCGACACACCCGCCUCCAUCACCCCUUCCUCCCUCCAAUCCUUCGCAACCUCACUCCCUACCGCUUCCAUGAAGCAGAAAUCCCAAAAGGCGGUUUCCGGACCUUCAACUCCUCCUUCACCCGCCGCCUCAAACCGGGCCUUCGACCAAUCGCCUCCCCCGACGACGACAGCCGUCGCCAAAAUCACCCCGUACGGCUCCGUCGAGAUCAAAAACGUCCGCUGGCCGAUCAGCAUGCUGCUCCAGGGCAGCGCUCACGCCGCAGACUUUGACGGCGGGAUCUGGAUGCACGCGUUCCUGAAUACCACAAACUACCACCGCCAACACGCGCCCGUGUCGGGCACGGUGUUGGAAGCCAAGAACAUCCAGGGCAUGGCGCACCUCGAGGCCGAUACCGUCGGCGACGGACAGGUUCGCAUGAUGGGCGGGGCGAACGCUUCCGAGAACCCGGGGUAUCAGUUCCUUCAGACGAGGGGGUUGGUGGUGAUUGAGAACCCGGUGCUCGGCAAGGUUGCGUUCUUGCCCAUCGGGAUGGCCAUGGUAUCGUCUGUGGACUUGUUUGUCGCAGAGGGGGGUGUGGUGAGGAAGGGGGACGAGGUUUCGUGUUUCCGGUUUGGAGGGUCGGAUGUCAUUUGCAUCUUCCAGGAAAAGGCCGGGUUGAGGGUUGAGGAUUUCAUUCCAACGGCUGGUGGGUUUUCAAAGUAUGGGAGCAUCUUGGCUAGAGCGCCGAUGGGAGGUUCUCGCAUGUAA